UUCUAGUGAUCAUGCAGUUGAUUCAUGUUCAAUGGGUUAUUCUGAUUCAGCGAAAUGCUUACAUGUUGAUGAUUCUAAUGACUUUUUUGAAGAUUCAGUAGAUGUUGAUUAUGAGUCCUGUAUUAAAGAGAAUGAUGAUUCAAUUGAUUGUAACUAA